UGAAACAAGAUGGCUGUGCGUCGGAAAGCGGAAAGCCGAGGCGAGGCUGGAAAGUAGCUCGGAAGAGAGAGGGAAACAGACAGUGAGAGGGAGAUAAGGGAGCAAACUCCUCUGUAGCGCGCGCUCACACCAUAGACGUUUUACGGCCAACAGUUUUGUGUCGGAGCUAAUUAUAGCGUUGGAGGAAAUUGCACAAACCUUCAACAAAUCACUGCAAAUAUCUCCUCCCAUCUGAAUAAGCGGGGAGCCGGGAGAAGACAGCUGGCCGCGCUCAUAGCCACAACAAGAAAUGUCACUGCUGUGUGUCGGAGUGAAGAAAGCCAAGUUCGAAGGACCACAAGAGAAAUUCAACACCUACGUGACUCUGAAGGUGCAGAAUGUCAAGAGCACCACCAUCGCUGUGCGGGGAAGCCAGCCCUGCUGGGAGCAGGAUUUCAUGUUUGAGAUCAGCAGGUUGGAUCUGGGCCUGACGGUGGAGGUGUGGAAUAAAGGUCUGAUCUGGGACACCAUGGUGGGCACCCUGUGGAUCCCACUGCGCAGUAUUCGGCAGUCCAACGAGGAAGGCCCAGGGGAGUGGCUGACCUUAGACUCCCAGGUCAUCAUGACAGAUAACGAAAUCUGUGGCACCAAAGACCCCACAUUCCACCGGGUCCUCCUGGACACGCGCUUUGAGCUGCCACUAGACAUCCCAGAAGAGGAGGCACGCUACUGGGCCAAGAAGCUGGAGCAGCUCAAUGCCAUGAGAGAUCAGGAUUAUGUGUACCAGGAGGAACAGGAGAGGCCCCUGCCGGUUCCCGGGACACAGUGCUGUAACUGGAGUCUGUGGAGAGACCAGCAGAACGAAGACCCGGACAGCGCAGUGGACGACAGGGACAGUGACUACCGCAGCGAGACGAGCAACAGCAUCCCGCCCCCCUAUUACACCACCUCCCAGCCCAACGCCUCUGUGCACCAGUAUCCCAUGAGGCAUCAGCACCGCGGCUCCCGCGACAACUAUGGCCGGUCCGCCAGCAGCUGUGAUUACGACUACGACCACCAGAGGACGAUGAGCCCCACGGGCAGCUACGUGUCCUCGGGGGAGCUGAGCCAGGGCAGCUCCCAGCUGAGCGAGGACUUUGAGCCGGAGUACGGGGAGGGCCUGCGGGGGGAGUUUUACGACGAGAACGACUCCUACCACUCCUGCCACUCGUCCGUCAGCUACACCUGCAGCAGGGACUCGCCCGACUGGGACCCGGACGACCCGCAGGAGGGGUACAGCGACGAGGGCGGCUACAGCAGAGACGGCGGGGAGGGGGGCGCCAAUGACGUUUACGAGGACGAGAUGAUCUACGAGGAGGACGAGGACCUCUACCCCUUGGACCAAGAGCCCCCGUACACCCCCACCCCGACCAGCACUGCUCCUCCCAUGCCCCCUGAAACCCCCGUCUCCCGACCACCUCUAGAAAAGCAGUCCUCCCUCCACAAGCAGCAGCCUCCUCAAAGUGCCACCCCCGGCCAAGCCCCCACCCCGACCCCUGCUCAACCCCCCAGUCAGCCCCCUACCACCCAAGCAAAGACUCUGUUUCCGGUUCAGCCCGUAGUUGCAGUUAGCAAGCUCCUGGCUGCAGCAACUAAUUCCCUCACAGGCCAAAGCCAGUCUCCUGCACCCACCAACACGUCCACUGCCUCCAUAUUCCAGCGUGCAGGCCCCAGCGCCCAGCCCGCUACACCCACACCCACAAGCCAGCCCUCCGCCCCUGCAGCUCCACCCCCUGCUUCUACAGCCCAGCCCCCUCCCCACGAAGCCCAGCCCACUUUCCAGAAAGUCCAGCUCCCGGCUCAUGAAACCCAGCCCACUUUCCAGAAGGUCCAACCCCCUUCUCACGAAACCCAGCCCACUUUCGAAAAGGUCCAACCCCCUGCUCAUGAAGCCCAGCCCACUUUCCAGAAAGUCCAGCCCCCUGCCCAUGAAGUUCAGCCCCUUUCUCACGAAGUCCAGCCCCCUGUCGCUGAGGACCAAUCCCAGACCCCUGCAGACCAAUCACCUGUUCCCGAGGAGGAGUACCCUCUCACAGAAGAGCCCCCUGUCACAGAGAGCCCCCCUGCUGUUUCCCCAGAGAAGACAGAGGCCCUUCCAGAUAGCUCUUCUCCUGUGGGCGAAGGGGUCGGAGAGACUCUGGACCCCGCAGCGCGCGCCAAGGCCAACUGGCACCGACUCUUCGACAAGGUCCGGCAGCAGCUGCAGGAGGCUCGAGGGGAUUCAGGAGGGGCGCAGUCACUGUGGUUUAAAGGAGGCGGAGCAGCGGUUAAUUUCCUCCGUAGCAUUGACAGCAUGCCCGACAUUAAGCCCCGCCGCAAGUCCCUCCCCUUUGUCAGCGACCUGGCUAUGUCUCUGGUCCAGAACUCUCGGAAGGCUGGAAUCACCUCAGCCAUGGCCUGCAGCACGUUGAACAAUGAGGAGCUGAAGAGCCACGUCUACCGGAAAACCCUGCAGGCCCUCAUCUACCCCAUCUCCUGCACCACGCCGCACAACUUCGAGGUGUGGACAGCCACCACGCCCACCUACUGCUACGAGUGCGAAGGCCUGCUGUGGGGCAUCGCCCGGCAGGGCAUGAGGUGCUCCGAAUGCGGGGUCAAGUGCCACGAGAAGUGCCAGGACCUGCUCAACGCCGACUGCCUGCAGAGGGCGGCGGAGAAGAGCUCCAAGCACGGGGCGGAGGACCGCACCCAGAACAUCAUCAUGGUCCUGAAGGACCGCAUGAAGAUCCGAGAGCGGAACAAGCCGGAGAUCUUCGAGCUGAUCCAGGAGGUGUUCGGUGUGGCCAAGGCCUCCCACGCCACGCAGAUGAAGCAGGUCAAACAGAGUGUGCUCGACGGCACCUCCAAGUGGUCGGCCAAAAUCAGCAUCACAGUGGUGUGUGCCCAGGGUCUCCAGGCCAAGGACAAGACAGGCUCCAGUGAUCCCUACGUCACUGUGCAGGUGGGCAAGACCAAAAAGAGGACCAAGACCAUCUAUGGCAACCUCAACCCAGUCUGGGAUGAAAAUUUCCAUUUCGAGUGCCACAACUCCUCGGACCGCAUCAAGGUGCGCGUGUGGGACGAGGACGAUGACAUCAAGUCCCGCGUGAAGCAGAGGUUCAAGAGGGAGUCCGACGACUUCCUGGGCCAGACCAUCAUCGAGGUCCGGACACUGAGCGGGGAGAUGGACGUCUGGUACAACCUGGACAAGCGGACGGACAAGUCAGCUGUGUCAGGGGCCAUCCGGAUGCACAUCAGUGUGGAGAUAAAAGGCGAGGAGACAGUGGCACCCUACCACGUCCAAUACACCUGUCUCCAUGAGCACCUGUUCCACUACGUGACUGACGUCCAGAACAGCGGCGUUGUGAAGAUCCCGGACGCCAAGGGUGACGACGCCUGGAAGGUGUACUUCGAGGAGACGCCACAGGAGAUCGUGGACGAGUUCGCCAUGCGCUACGGCGUAGAGUCCAUCUACCAGGCCAUGACCCACUUCGCCUGCCUCUCCUCCAAGUAUAUGUGCCCAGGUGUGCCUGCCGUCAUGAGCACCCUGCUGGCCAACAUCAACGCCUACUACGCCCACACCACCCAGUCCUCCAACAACGUGUCCGCCUCCGACCGCUUCGCCGCCUCCAACUUCGGGAAAGAGCGGUUUGUGAAGCUUCUGGACCAGCUGCAUAAUUCCCUCCGGAUUGACCUCUCCAUGUACCGGAACAACUUCCCGGCCAGCAGUGCCGAGAGGCUGCAGGACCUGAAGUCCACUGUGGAUUUGCUCACCAGCAUCACCUUCUUCAGGAUGAAGGUCCAGGAGCUGCAGAGCCCCCCCAGAGCCAGUCAGGUGGUGAAGGACUGUGUAAAAGCCUGUCUGAACUCCACCUAUGAGUACAUCUUUAACAACUGUCACGAGCUCUACAGUCGGGAGUACCAGUCUGACCCGGCCAAGAAAGAGAUUCCUCCUGAAGAGCAAGGUCCCAGCAUCAAGAACCUGGAUUUCUGGUCGAAGCUCAUCACGCUCAUCGUGUCUAUCAUUGAGGAGGACAAGAACUCAUACACACCCUGCCUGAACCAGUUCCCCCAGGAGCUCAAUGUGGGGAAGAUCAGCGCUGAGGUCAUGUGGAACCUGUUUGCUCAAGACAUGAAGUACGCCAUGGAGGAGCAUGACAAGAAUCGCCUGUGUAAGAGUGCAGACUACAUGAAUCUGCACUUCAAGGUGAAGUGGCUGUUCAACGAGUACUGCAAGGAGCUGCCUUCCUUCCAGAACCGAGUGCCUGAAUACCCUGCAUGGUUUGAGCCAUUUGUGAUCCAGUGGCUGGAUGAAAAUGAGGAAGUGUCACGUGACUUCCUGCAUGGUGCCCUGGAGAGGGACAAAAAGGAUGGGUUUCAGCAGACGUCUGAACAUGCCCUCUUCUCCUGCUCCGUGGUAGAUGUCUUCUCCCAGCUCAACCAGAGCUUUGAGAUAAUCAGAAAACUGGAGUGUCCCGACCCUCAGAUAGUGGGCAACUACAUGAGAAGGUUUGCAAAGACCAUUGGCAACGUGCUGCUCUCCUACGCUGACAUCAUCGCCAAGGACUUUGCCAGCUACUGCUCCAAGGAGAAAGUGCCCUGCAUCCUGAUCAAUAACAUUCAGCAGUUACGCGUCCAGCUGGAGAAGAUGUUUGAGGCCAUGGGAGGCAAAGAUCUUAAUGUGGAAGCCAGUGACUUCCUGAAGGAGCUGCAGGUGAAGCUGAACAAUGUGAUGGACGAUCUCAGCAGGGUCUUUGCUGUAAGCUUCCAGCCGCACAUAGAGGAGAGCGUGAGGCAGAUGGGGGACAUCCUGAGCCAGGUGAAGGGGACGGGGACCGUGCCGGCCAGCGCCUGCAGCAGCGUGGCCCAGGACGCUGACAACGUCCUGCAGCCCAUCAUGGACUUCCUGGACAGCAACCUGACUCUGUUUGCUAAGAUCUGUGAGAAGACGGUGCUGAAGAGAGUGUUGAAGGAGCUGUGGAAGCUGGUGAUGAACACCAUGGAGAAGACCAUUGUGCUUCCACCCCUGACUGACCAGACGCGCAAGGUGAAGCUCGCUUGUCACAGUGAUGGCACUCAGCUCAUCUUCAAUAAGGCUAAGGAGCUGGGACAGCUGUCCAAACUGAAGGAGCACAUGGUUCGAGAGGAGGCCAAGGCACUGACUCCCAAGCAGUGCGCAGUGGUGGAGCUGGCGCUGGACACCAUCAAGCAAUAUUUCCACGCGGGUGGAGUGGGACUGAAGAAGACCUUCCUCGAGAAGAGCCCCGAUCUUCAGUCUCUGCGCUACGCCCUCUCCCUCUACACGCAGGCCACCGACAAGCUCAUCAAGAAAUUCAUCCAAUCGCAGAACGCCCAGGGUUCUGGAGUGGACGACGCGGUCGGGGAGGUGUCCAUCCAUGUGGAGAUCUUCACACACCCCAACACUGGAGAGCACAAGGUCACUGUGAAAGUGGUUGCAGCCAACGACCUGCAGUGGCAGACCUCUGGGAUUUUCCGGCCCUUCGUGGAGGUCUACAUCAUCGGCCCUCACCUCAGCGACAGGAAGAGGAAGUUUGCCACCAAGUCCAAGAACAACAGCUGGGCCCCAAAGUUCAACGAGACCUUCGCAUACACUCUGAGCAACGAGGCCGGGCCGGAGUGCUACGAGCUUCAGGUGUGCGUGAAGGACUACUGCUUCGCGCGGGAGGACCGCACGGUGGGCAUGGCGGUGAUGCAGCUGAAGGAGAUGGCGUCCCGGGGCAGCGUGGCCUGCUGGCUGCCUCUGGGGAAGAGGAUCCACAUGGACGAGACGGGCCUGACCGUGCUGCGCAUCCUGUCCCAGCGCAACAACGACGAGGUGGCCAAGGAGUUCGUCAAGCUCAAGUCCGACCAGCGCUCCCCGGAGGAAGGCAGGGGGAGCUAAGAGGGCGAGGGGAGCACGGCGCCCCCUGCUGGCUGAGCGUGUCCACUGCAUCUCCGAGCACGGACGCUCGCACUCACACAAACGCACGCAUGCACACACACACAUACCUACGCAUACAUACACACACACAUACACAAACAUUGAAGCAUAAUACCGCAAUACAUACACAAUACGACCUCAUUGUGGAGAAUAAGUUGCCAUACCUACAGUUGCCUCUCUUAUUCUCCCUGCCUGAAACACACACUGCUCUGUUGUGCAGUAAUGUCUCCUCAGAAACAGCAAUAGGAUAUAGCUUCUGCCCCCCUUGUUAAACGUAUAAGCACUGAUUGUUUUGCUCGGGGUUCGCAAGGAUGUGAGUAUUCAUUGUGUCCACCCCAUCCUUAACAGUAACAACGGAAGACGUGCUUUUCCCACGAAUGAAUGUAUUCAGAGAUACCCUCUGCACACACGUCUACAACCAGCCAACACACACUGACAGACAGACAAACAUGGCAUGCACGGCAGUUCCUCCACACACGCACUCUCUCACACACACACACACACUCUCACUCUCACUCACACACACACACACACACAUGUACACCCAUGUCAUUACUGUAGUUACAUCUACCAUGUUUUCUGUUUACAAAGGAGACCUUUUUUAUAAAAAAAGCAACUAUAAAAAAAAUCUAUGAUGGAAAGAAAGACAACAUGGCUGAAUGGCACUCAUUCAGCAAGGUCUAAAAAGCCCCUCCUCCUCCUCUUUUCACUACUCUCUGCUGCCUGCCCCGUCGCCUGGUUACCUGCCUGCUUCUCCCACUGACUGAUGCACGCUAUAGAAUCCUCUGUGCAUGUAGCUUUACUGAAAACCUCUGCGCUUUUCCCACACCUGCCGGUGCUUCCCUGUCCAAGCGCUGCCCCCAUCUUCUCCUGGGGCAGGACUUUUGGUGGUCUCACUGGAGGCUUACAUUAAUCAAGGAUUAGGUCUAGGUCUGGGGCUGAACUGAGGAGGACCAAGGUCACAGAGGCUUUUAAGUGGCACCACAGAGAGGUGGUCUGGUUCAGUUUGGCACAGACCUCACCCUGAACUCUAAAGCCGGGGAAGAAAAGGCCCCCUGCCCAUUCACUUAAUGUAGAAGACAUGUCAAAACUAAGGAGAAAGAGGGGGCAGAUGCAUACUAUUGCACCCCUACAGGCCUCCUGUCCAUCUGGUCCCCCUAGACACUGUACAUAGAGCAUGAUGAAGCCAAGCCUCAAAGCACUGUGAUGAAUCAGAUUUGCCCUUGCUUACUGUUACACAGAGCCUAGUACAGGCCUGUUGCCGGUGGUCGUGUGUGUACACGUGUGUAUGCUGCACACACCCACUCUACGUACAGCUGGGAAUCUCCUUCUAAGAUGGUGAACACAAAGUGCAAGAAUGCUUAGUCAUUUAGUUAGGUAGUUAUUUUGUGAAAUGCCAAAGUGUCUUUUACUCAGAGGGGAAUGGAACCUAGUUUGAGGACAUAUGAUUGUUUUUAAAAGAACACAUUCCACUACAAGCACUACAGACCCUCACAUUGUGCUUUGCAGAGCCAUUGCAGUUGAAAUGGGGAGGGUCAAAACUAUUGCCUUUGAAAGCGACACAUUCGUUAGAUACUGUCAGUGUUUUGUAGAGACAGUCUCUUGACAUAGAUUAAAAUAAAAAGAAGCAGCAGCAGGAAUAGGAUGUUAACUAAGAGAGCAUUUCCAUUUCCCCUCUUGUAUCCUGGGAAAGCACAAAGAACAGUCCCCCUGCUGGCCGUGAGGGAGAACUACAACUGGGGACAUGCUGGCUAUUGUUUGAGACCAAGCUCACCACCCACAGAACCCCACAGUCAGAGCACAGGGACUUGAAAGUAGGGCCCUAGUGUGGUUCUUGCUCUGCUCUCAAAUACAGAGAACAUCCAUUUCCAUUGUUACACAGGGGACUGACAGACAGAUCAAGGACUGACUGCUCUGUCGUUCGUGGAUUCAUGUGCUGAGGUCCCCAGUUGUGCUCAAUACCUAGUCUGCAACCAAAUCGGAGUCAUAACAAAGGCAUUUCAUUCCAGCGUUACUCGUACAAAAAAAAAAAAAACACACACACAUUACAGUGUUGUGGGGAUCACCCCAGGGUGAUUUUCAGUCACUCAUUAAGUGUUGCAUAACUGGGAGCACAGCAAACUUGCGCGGUGAGCAUAGGUGCUCCUGGUGCAACAACAGAGCCAGCGAACAUCAUGCCAAACUAAACUUCUGCGUUGUCUUAUAAUGACGGUCAAAUCAUUUAGACUGGAGUGGCUGACGUCGUGUCCAUCAAGCCAGUGAGCACAGCCCGAGAGCUGAGCGCAGAAACUGUUAAAGGACACCCAGACUGCUGUUUGUGAAGUGGUCAGUAUGUAUUACAUUCACCAAAUCAUCUGUUAACAAUUAGAGCAUGGAACUAACAUGAUGAUGUAUGAUACAUGAAAAUCAAUGUCAGUAUUUGAAAAUGAAGUCCCGGGUUCACUGGUUAGAUGUGCAAGUCACACACCAAGCAAUCUUACAAAUCCUUAGUGCAUCCAAGCAAAGACUUUCCCUGCCAUUCUCAUAGAACCAUCCUUGCUAGGUGCCUUUUUUUUUAGAAUGCUGGCUCUAUGUUAAUACUUCUCCUUGCUGAAAUGAUAGAAGUCUCUUCCAUUUCACAGGCCUUGCUCCAUUGCAUCUCUCUGGCCUUUUGUCUAAGAAUGAUUGUACUAACUGAACCAAAUUAGCCCUACUGGACCAGGUUAACUCUUUUUGGGAGUCACACUGACAAUUGUCCAUGCUUUUGCUUGUUGGCUGGAGAGCAAGUGUCACCCUGAUUACAGGAGAUUCAAUAAUCGGAUGCCAUCAGUCUCAGUAUCGAUUCCUCUGUUGACUAUCAUUGCUUUUCCUUUCAAGCCAUAUCUGUUAUAACUGACAUUAUUUCUGUGUAGUGUUUCCUCUGAGGGCCUCUGUAAUAAGUCUGCCUAAGAGUGCUGUGCUAAAUCAAAUCAGAUUAAUCAAGCAGUCCCUCCCCCUCCGUCCAUCCACGAUGAAAUCUGUGAAUGUCUCAUUUCUCUGUCACUCUCUUUCUCCACAAGCGAACUCUAUGCAUGUAGUUUAGAAGAAAAAAAAAAAAACCUGAGCUAAUUAGAGCAGUCUGUACCCGAACAGUCUGUAACGGUCUUGAAAUGUUUACAGUGUGUUUUUAUAUCAGCACAAAAUGUUCGUACAGUCACGUGCCUGCAGUUCGGAGACGGCCGACUCCCUGAGCGGCACGAGUUAAAGACAAGAGAAAGAGCAUGAAGGAGGCGAGGAGCAGGAGAGCAGGAGAGCAGGAGAAACAUCCUGUUUGUUUUACUGUUGGUGAUGACAUUGAACAAUUCCCAAGUGUUGCUACGGACGUUGUGUGUACAAGAGAUCUACCAAAUAAGAGGUGACAGCUGAAUGUCACUGGCCAGCCGUGGAGAGGCUGGCGGAGCGCUUUGGGGAGAGACGUGCAUCCGCCUGCCCCGAAACAGCGUCGCCGUGGGAACAUCACACAAAUCAGCCGCCUUCACUGCACAGGAUUAUGGACUGUGGGGGGGAACGAUGUGGGCAAUGUGGGUGUAACAGGUGUGGCAGAAAGUGUGAAAGUGUGAAACGCCACUGAAAGCGAGAUUAUUUCAGCAUCCCUCGUCCCUCAACUCCUGUCCUGCCUAGCCUAUAAUCGCUGACACAUGUUCACAAACACACAGAAGCACAAAACGGCAAAAAAAAAGAAAAAAGAAGAAAAACUAGGAGGAUCACACAGGCAUGCAUGCUUACCGACGCACCCCCUUGCAGAGACACAGCGACACCCACUCUGUAAAUAUAAAGAAGUGCAUGAUGGGAAACAUCUGUCUUGUGCCAGCACGUGUCUUUUUGAUGUUAUUU